AUGACUUACAGUUUCAAGCCAAUCUAUGAAUGCUUUAGGAAGCAAGCCCCACCUAGUUUUGAAGGUAAAGUUGACCCUAAGGUGGAUGAAGAUUGGCUGAAGUCAGUGGAAGCUAUUUUUGACCACAUGGAGCUGAAUGACCAUCAAAGGGUUUCAUGUGCAGUUCACCUACUAAAGAUGGAUGCAAGGAUAUGGUGGGAUGUGGUGAAAGAGACUCGUGACUUGAACACUAUGACAUGGGAAGAUUUUGUUCAAGCAUUUAGCACAAAGUACUACAAUGCAGCUAUAUUGGAUACCAGGGUGGAUGAGUUUGUGACCUUGGUUCAAGGAAACCUUUCCGUUACCGACUACGCUCAGAAGUUUGACAGGCUGGUCAGUUUUGCACCAGAAAUAGUACCAACUGAGGUCAUGCGAAUCCAAAGGUUUAUGAGAGGACUUAAGCCUACGAUUUCUAGAGAUGUCAAGAUGACCAGUGGUGAGGUAGUUAGUUAUGCUGAGGUUUUGGACAAGGCACUUGAAGCGAAGUACUUGGAGGACCGCAUAUGGAAGGACAGUGCUGCAAGAAGAGAGGACAAGAGAAACAAGGGCUUCCAUGAGGGCAACAAGAGGAAGGCCCAUGAAGGACAUAUUAAUGGCAAUGACAAGAGGCCUAGAGCUCUGGCCACGAAUGGAAACAUUCAUAACAACCACAACAAUCGUAAAUGUCACAACAGUGAUCGUAAAGCUUGA